UGUUGUCAAAUCAGGGAUUACGAAAGUUGCUGUGUGGGAAGUAAACUAAUAUUUAUGAAAGACGACAUAUAACUAAAUAGCAAACUUUAGCUAGCUAGUCCAGAGUUAUACGGACAGUUUUUUUUAACAGUGGACUUUAUAGUUUUUAACUCCACGUAGCAUUUUUGACUCCACCGUGAGUCUCGGUUCGCCAACUAGCUAGCUAGCUAAAUAUUAGCUAACGUUAGCUGGCUAAGAGUUACUCUUACUGACAUUUGAUUGACAUUUGGUAAAUGAGGAGCCACAACUUCAGUCAGAGUAUCUGGCAGUGCCGAACAGGACUUUAACAUGACUGCAAACCAGGCAUGACAGGUGACACUGGAGGGAGGACCAUCAACAACAUGAUGGAGGCAACGGACAGAACUACCAACUUCAACUUUUCACAUGAGGAGGAAGACCCGGACUCUUCUGCUCUCUCAGCCAGCAUGUCUAUUGACAAGCUCUUACCGGCUCUCUUGGAGUGCUUUGGGAUAAUAUUAUGUGGAUACGUCGCAGGGAGGGCAAACAUCAUCACGUCCACCCAGGCCAAAGGAUUGGGGAAUUUUGUGUCCAAGUUUGCACUCCCAGCGCUGUUGUUCAAGAACAUGGUGCUGUUGGACUUUGGUAAUGUCAUCUGGCCAUUCCUAUGGAGCAUCCUCAUUGCCAAAGUGUCUGUAUUUUUCAUUGUCUGCGUCCUCACACUGAUAGUUGCCAGUCCUGAGAGCCGCUAUAGUAAGGCUGGGCUUUUCUCCAUAUUUGCCACCCAAAGCAAUGACUUUGCCUUGGGAUAUCCCAUUGUUGAGGCCCUUUACCAGAGCACAUACCCAGAGUACCUCCAGUACAUCUACCUGGUUGCACCUGUGUCCCUGAUGCUUCUAAAUCCAAUUGGCUUUGCCUUCUGCGAAAUCCAGAAGUGGAAGAAUCAGGGAAACCACCAGCAGAGAAAACUCCUGAUCAUGGGACUUGUAGUUUUACAGGUCCUGAAGAACCCUAUAGUGUUCAUGGUUGUCAUCGGCAUUAUUGCCCAUUUUGCACUGCACCAGACAAUUCCUCCCUUCAUGGCUGAAUUUGUGGAUGGCUUGGCCAACUCUUUCGGGGGAGCAGCUCUGUUCUACUUGGGUCUGUCCAUGGUGGGACAGUUAGGGAAAUUAACCAGAUCCACAGUCGUGACACUGAUAUUACUCAUCACAGCAAAACUGUUGCUGAUGCCACUGAUUUGUAAGGACAUGGUGGAUCUGUUGGACAAUAGCAACACCAGCGCUGUGAACCACUCAAGCCUCUCCAAUUAUGCCUUUCUUUAUGGAGUGUUUCCCACCGCACCAAGUGUGGCCAUCUAUGCUGUCUAUUAUAACGCAGAGCUAGAAGUUGUAACCUCUGGGAUGGUGAUCAGCACUUUUCUCUCAGCUCCAAUAAUGUAUGUUUCUGCCUGGUUACUUACAAUGCGUUGGAUGGACCCUCAGCUUUUGAUGAAUUCACUGCAGAAUGUCAGCUUUAACAUAAGCAUAGUGAGCUUAGUUGCACUGGUGUGGACAAUUACUGUUAUGUUUUUAAGUAAGAAAUUCAAGAGGCUACCUCACAUGUUUACAGUCAACCUUUUCUUGGCACAGUUUCUAACUUGUUUUGGGAUGAUCCUGUGGAACUUUGUGGUGAAAGAAGACAACUUCAUCGGGCAGGUCCUGACGUUCACAUUAUUAUGUACCUCACUCUACAGUACUUAUGUUUGGCCAGGUUUAAUAGCACUUUCUCUUGUGCUCAUGAAAAGUUAUGAGGAUGUGAAACUUUCACCAGGCGUGUUUGUCAUUGCUGGCUGGGGGGUUCCAGUCUUAGUAACUGCUGUGUUGCUAAUCUCUGGGGAAAAAAUGCCUGACACGAUUGACUCAGCAUUCUUUUACGGCAAACCGCAGAUGAUCUGCACCACAGUUGUAGUUGCCAUCGGUAUACUGCUGGGAGGGAGCUCUCUUGUGUGUCUCAAUAGAGGAAGUUGGGCCCACAAUGACCAAAUUCAAGAGGAAAACGCUGCAGAGAAUCUUGUGACUGAGGUUGAACCAGAAAACCAGACUUUGUUUGAGCCAGUCACCCCAUCAGGGGAUCUCAACAAAGUGUGCCUCCUAUGUGACUGUGCACCACCCCAGCCCAUGCCUGACAUGAUCAUCAGCACAAAUAUGAACAACACACCACUGCUCACAGGUCAGUGUGAGAAUAGCUGCGAGUCCACAGACUGCCUGCUUGUCCAAGUGGAGGAGCUCCAACAGGUUGCAGAUAGACAAGUGGCCCGUCAUGUGCUCUUAUGUCUGCUUCUGACUGUCAGCUUGCUUGCUAACCUGUCCAGCUGCUUGUGGUUGCUCUUGAACCCGGUUCCUGGUAGACUCUACUUGGAGCUGCAGUUCUUCUGUGCUGUGGCCAACUAUGGACAGGGGUUUCUCUCCUUUGCUCUGUUUGGACUGGACAAACAUUUGAUUAUACUGCCAUUUAAGAAGAGGUUAUAUAGUCUGUGGUAUGGAAAGAAGCAAGAAGAGCAGACUGAUUUACCUGAUGAAAUCAGGAUGACCUGCACCCAGUUCACCAAAUACCACAAGGACCAGUGUUUUCAUGACAUCGUCAAAAAGAGAAGGUGUGGGAAGAGGACAAUGGUGGACUGUUUUCUUGGCUGUGAACUUGUUGAGUGGCUCCAGCAGGUGGGUUUGGCUCAGGACCAUGGUGAGGCCGUACUCUACGGGACACGGUUAGAGCAGGGUGGUGUGCUCCAGCACAUCAAGCAGGAACACAGCUUCCAAGACAGUCGCCUUUAUUACCGCUUCAUGACAUAAGAUGCAAGGUCCACAUUGUGUGUGUGUGUGUGUGUGUGUGUGUGUGUGCCCAGUCAAGCUUAGAUUGCUACGACUGUGAGGAGGAAUUCUCUGCUGCCAAAUAUUGCACUGCUAUGCUCUGUGCACAUCCAGUACAGUACAGCAUUUCACAAUGCAGUAUUGUGCAGCGCAACAUCCCAGUCGGGUGUUUGAACAGACCACCUGACUGUGAUGUUCAGAAGUGCAACAGACUUGAAACUUUCAAAAUUUAAAAAGGCCAGGGCAUAAUGCAUUGUGUAGAGUUGGUCUUAAAGGGAAUUAGCCCUUUUUAAACCACCUAUGUCUUACUUUUGCAGUUUUACAUUUAACAUUUCACUCACCAGGAUAAUUGCUGAGAUCCUGAGUUGCGGUAACAUUGCUACAACAGUCAUUCAGGACAGAAACAUGAGCUGUCAGAUGAUCAUACAUGUACAGUAAACCCAGUUUAGCCAUAUUAUCAAAUCCAUUUAUUUUGCAGUAAAACUUAAAGUGGGAGUACCUGAAAUGGCAGUAAUAAUACCUACUACCAACUACCACUUAGUACUGUGUUGAACUGAGUUCAAGAGUUUAAUCAAAAAGUCAGUCUUCAAAUUCUAAUUGUCUACAACAGACAGUAAUAAUUUUAAGAUUUGCCAAAUUCCUUUGCAAAUGAAUAUGGUACUCAGCUAUUUUAUUUACAUGUCAAAUUGUCUGUUUUCAAUACCCUGUUUGACUUGGUUGUAGUGAUAAUGAUCCAUCCUUUAAUCUGCAGUGAGUAAAAUAUUUACAUAACUGAAAAGGAUGUCUAAAACAAAAAAAAAAAUAAAGCCAAGAUUUUUUUCUUUUAAAAUGCAUUUUCAAGAACAUAACAGGUAUAACCAAUGUUAAAGGGUGAAACUAGAUGUUGCUGCUUUUUUAAAAGCAUUUUUAUGCAGUCAAUAUUUGCACUUAGGACUCCGAUGUUUAAUGUGUCAUUUUGGGAGCAACAAUGCUGUCCUCAAAACAAACUAUAGCUGCAGGGAAAAUAUCCCACUCUUCUGUUGAAUGUAUUAUUUAAUUUACUUGGACUCUUCAGAGUGUUUUAUCAUCUUCUUCCAAAAGAGAAAAAGGGAAGAUGUGGUUAAAUCUGCAUCCAUUUUUAGAGUUUGUUUGUAGUCAGUUUAACUUAUGAUUCAGUUAUUACUUUUUAAAAGUGACAUCAAAAGCAAACUGCCACUUAAAAAUUAAACGGUUAUCAUUUUUAAUAAGUGAUGAUAACCAUAUGAAAUGAGUGUCAGAACUCAGGCGUUAAUGCAUGCGUUUACUUGUGUUGACAUUGGAAGUUGGGAAUGUACGAGCUGCUGUAAUUCAUUUAUUCUCAGGUAUAGGGAUAUAAAUAGAAAACUCAAUUAUAUUUUUUUGUGUUGCAAAGGUUUAUUAUUAACUCAAUGAGGUUGAGAAAACUGGUGUAAAUAAUUCUUUAAUUAAAAAAAACUUUAAUAUUGUGUAGCACACAAAUUCUGUCAAAGACUGCAUAUUUAGGAUAUGGAUUUGUUUAAAAAUAAAUGUUAUUACCGAACCCUCAAA